CUCGAGUGUGGGCCACACUUCAGAGCUGUCCAAAUGAGUGCUUGUAAAAAUUAGAUUGGUCCAAGUCGAGUUCCGAAUCUCACAGCAAACUCGAUGGCUAUAUAAGCUUCGAGUUACCAUUAUAAGCCUGCAUUGUUUCUAGAAGAUGUGGCCCAUUUGGCUGCUGGUGCUAUUAUCGCUAUCACUGGCCACUGGCCGCCAGGUGGGCAGAUGCAGUUUGGCCCGGCAGCUCUAUCGCUAUGGAAUGGCCUACAACGAGCUGCCCGACUGGCUGUGCCUCGUGGAGGGCGAGAGCUCCUUCAACACGAAAGCCAUCAAUCCUUCGAACGUGGAUGGAUCCGUAGACUGGGGUCUCUUCCAGAUCAACGAUCGCUACUGGUGCAAGCCGGCGGAUGGGCGUCCCUCCAACGAUCUCUGUCGCUUGCCCUGCCGCCUGCUGUUGAGCGACGAUAUCCGGUAUUCCAUUGCCUGUGCGAAGUACAUAAGGAAACAGCAAGGAUUCUCCGCCUGGGUGGCUUGGAACAAUAGAUGUCAGGGUGUUAAGCCCAAUGUGAAUAACUGCUUCCGGCGGCGCCACAGAAAUUCGGGUUGAGCAUCGGUAAUUAGGAUAUUAAUUUGGUUAACCAUGGUUAAACACAUUUAUUUACUAAGCUUUUAAGUUGAUCCAAUAAAGGGAUUUAAAAAAAUA